CGUUCACGAACCACCACCACCACACACACACACACCUACGACGGACUGACGUUAUGCGAGGCUGUUUCCGCGUGAGCCGGACUAGUUAGGUCCUAAAUCAGCUCCGCAAGCCACAAUCAGGCGAGUCACCCCGGGUAUCCACGCCGUGAAGAACAGUGAAGAGCACUGGAGUGCAGUGCAGUAAAUUGCCGCUGUCCGUGCUUGCCGCGAUGAGCUAUCGUUUCGCCUGCUUACACCUUGGCUGCUGACGAUGGAGCUCGAAACAGGUCUUGCAAGGGGAGUCGGAGACUUGUUAUGGAAAGAAUGAGGACUAGUCGGUAGUGCGCUCGUGCAGAGAGCAGCCGGGCCUAGACGGAAGAUGGGUAACUGGAGAGGGAAAGGGAGGUUCUUAGCGGAAGAGACGGGAAGAGAGAGUGGAGCAGAGCGCGAAGAGAGAAGGGCGCGGAGCAGGGAAGGUUGCAAGUCGGCGGCGUGGAGUGCGGAGCGGGGACCAUUUACCCUAGUGCGGGUCUAAUUUGAGCAGGUAUUUUUCAAGCAGCAGCUGCUCUAGCAGUCGCGCGGGUAGUUUAAUGGCAGCGGGUUCGUUGUCGUUUCGCAAGCAGUUAACGCGGAUUGACACUUGUCGCGAUAGCAGGAGAUUUCACUCUGAAGGCUAAUCGACGAGGGUGUUGCAGUAACAACAGCGCAAGCAUUAGCCGUGGCAGUAGCAGAAGCAGUAGCAGUAAUAGUAACACUAACUGUAACAGUAACAACGCUUCGGCGCCUAUCGUCCAGCAGUGGCAAUGUCGCAUGAUGUCGCACCCGUGGUUACACCCGUCGCAUGGACGGGCCUCGAAUUAUCCUCCGCCGCUCGCCCUCCUUCCGCACCCCCUUCCGCCUCCGCCGUCUCUCCCACUUCCGCCGCCGCCCCCCCCGAAUCAACGCAGCAGCAGCGCCCCGUCACCCCCCACCGCCUCACCUGGAGCGACCACGUGGUUGCGCUCAAGGGGGAGGAUGAGGAGGAGCAGGACGCGGAGAGCGCAGGCGCGCGGCGAGGGGAUGGCGGGCACGGGGCUGGCAGCGGGGGAGGAGGGGAUAGCAGUGUGGUGAUUUUCGAUGGGGAGGAUGGCAUGGGGGGAGCAGAGCGGGGGGAAAGGGAGGGCGGGGAGUGGCGGGGGGGUAGUGGUCGUGGUGGCCGGGGCGAUAACAGUGACGACGAUGAUGAUGAUGAUGACGUGGACAGUGAGGACGAUGACAUGGACGACGAUGACGGGCACGGGGACGGCAGGGCGCGGCGGCGGCGGCGGCCCCACAGGUUCCGCGCGCACGGCAUGUGGUCGGAGCGGCUGCACUCGGACGGGGAGGACUCCUCCGAUGAUCCCGACGCUGACGGCAGCGGCAGCAGCGGCAGCAGCAGCGGCGGGGGCGGGGCGGGGGGGGGCGCGGCGGCGGGGCACCGCGUGAUUCUCGGCAACUUCCUGGGGUACCUGUCCUUCGCGCUCUGGUUCCGCCUGGUGCGCCUCGCCAUGCCCACGUCCCCCGCGCUCUGGGGCGCGUUCCUGGACGCCGCCUGCUCCACGCUGGGCACGCACGCGCUCGCGCUGCUGCUGGCGCGCAUCUUCCGCGCGCACCGCCGCCACCGCACGCCUCUGGACUGCACGCCCAACGUCUUCCGCUUCUGCGUGCUCGUCCUCCUCGUGCCGCUGCUCUCCCAGGGGCUCCUCACGCUCCUCUCCGCCGCCGCCAAAGCCGACCCCCCCCCACCGCCAGACAGCCGCGUGGGCGCGUGGCUGUUCCGCACAGUGGCGGACGGGAUAGGGGUGCUAGUAGUAGUGCCGCUGUUCGUCCAGAUCUCGGUGACAUCAGCGGGGAGAGGGUCGGACACGUGGCAGCGGAGCCAGUGGGAGCAGCAGCGGAUGCAGCAGCAGCAGGUGCGGUGGUGGCUGCCGUGGUGCCUGCCGCCCUGCAUCGAUUUCCUCCUGCAAUCCUGGCGCAUGUUGGCGUUUGUGGUGAUCAACGCCGCGGUGUGCGCGGUGCUGUUUGGCGGGUUUGCGAGCGAGCAGCUGACGGCGUCGCUCAUGUACCUGCUGUUCCCCGGGAUCGCGUGGGCGGCGUUCCAGUACAAUCGGCGCGGGGUGAACAUCAUUGCGCUGCUGCUCGCGCUGGUCGGGGGAGUCACCGCCGCACAUGGCAGGGGCCCGCUCGCGCGAGCAGACGCCGUUGACACCAUGGUGCAGGUGCAACUAUUCGCAGUGGUGGAGGCCAUGGCAGCGCUGGCCUUAGCAGCGGCGGUGCGCGACACGAAGCGGCUGCGGCGGGAGCUGCGGCUGCUGAACGCGUCGCUGGAGGAGGAGGUGCACCGCCGCACACAGGAGAUCCGGCGGUACAACGAGGACCUGCAGAUGAGCCAGCAGAACGCCGAGGAGGCCAGCCGGGCUAAGACCGAGUUCCUGGCUAAUAUGAGCCACGAGAUCCGCACCCCCAUCCACGGCAUCAUCGGCAUGACAGCGCUGGCCCUGGACGCCCUCGACUCCUUCCACUCCUCCACUGUCAGUGGAGGAGACGUAGACAACAGCAAGAGCCUGGGCACGUACGGUGGCGGAGACAGCGGGGGCGGGGGGCUGUCGGCAGGGCAGUGCGAGGUGAUGGCGGAGCUGAAGGACCACCUGAUGAUCGUGGCACAGUCUGCGGAGUGCCUGCUUGGCAUCGCCAACACCGUGCUCGACCUCGCGCGCAUCGAGGCCGGCCAGCUGCAGCUGCUACGCGCGCCGUUCGCGAUCAGGGACGUGGUCGUCAGCACCAUGAAGAUGCUGCAGGUGCGUGCGGUGCAGAAGCACCUGGACUUCUCGUGGGAGGUGGAGGAGGAUGUGCCGGUGGAGCUGCUGGGGGAUGCUGCGCGCCUGCAGCAGAUCAUCAUCAACCUCGUGGGCAAUGCCAUCAAGUUCACGGCAGCAGGGUCGGUGUCGCUCACCAUCCGCCUCUUCGCGCGCCCGCGCCGCCAGAAGGCCUACACCACGUGCUUUGCGCCGCGCCCCCACCGCCACUCCACCAUGUCCUUUGCUGCUGGGGGUGGUGGUGUUGGUGCCGCUGGUGGUGUGGGAAGCGGCGGUGGGGGUGGUCGCUCCUCUAACAGCACCGCCGCGCCACCUGCUGCCGCUGCUGGAGAUGCUACCACUGCUGCCAGUACUGGUGGUGCAGAUGGGGAAGCGAACGCAGAGGGGGGAAGUGGGGUAGGCCCGGCAGGCGGGGGAGACGCCCAGGCAGGUGCUGCUUCAGCAGCAGGAGGCGUGGACAGGGAUGGAGGAACGGAGAGGCAAGGAGUAGGCGGAGCAGCAGCAGCAGCAGCUGCUGCUGCUACUGCUGGUGGUGGUGGCGGUGGUGGUAGCAGCGCUGCUGCUGCUGCUGGCAGCAGCGGUGCAGGCGGCAGGGGAGCUAGCAGCUUCACUGCCGGUGGUAGCGCUGCUGCUGCAGCUGCGACUGUAGGAAGGGUAGGUACAGAGGGCGCAGCAGCAGGUGCUGCUGGUGUUGGAUCCACUCGGUUGGGCCGAGCUUCGGGGGGGUCAGCAGGUCCCGUUAGCUUUGCAGGCUGGUGGCCUCUAGUGGGUGUUUCUUCCGCGUCCGCUUCUGUCGCUGACGCUGCUAGUGGUGCUGCCAGUGGUACUGGUACUGGUGCUGGUGGUGGUGCUGCUGCUGCUGUGAGAGGCAGCCAGAACUCCAGAAUGGAUGUAGAGAUGGGAAUGGGUUCUUCUCUCUUUGCCCUUUCAUCUGCAGAAUCACUAGACACCACCAUCCCCUCUACCUCCGCUGCUGCUGCUGCUGCUGCUGCUUCUGCAGCUGCUGCUGGCGUCACUUCACACUCCCCGUCCCUGUCAAGAGCUCAGCCCUCAAUCCACCUUCAUUCCCGGUCCCAGCAGCAGCAGCAGCAGCAGCGGGGAACGCCGCUCACCUCUCUCGGUCGCAGCAGCAGCUCCAACGCUCUCGACACAUGGCCCCAAUCUUCCUCCCUCACCUACCCUUCCUCUCCCCCCCCGUCCUCCUCCACCUCCUCCACCUUCCUCCCCUCCCAACCCCUCCUCCCCUCGGGAACCUCCUCUUCCUCUCCCCGCUUCCUCCCUCCCUCCUCCACCGUCCCUGCACAUGCCUCUCUCUCCCCUGCUCCUGUGGGCUCAAAUGCAACUGGUGGUGUUGGUGGUGGGGGUGGCGGUAUAUGGCUGGUGGUGUGUGUGAGCGACACGGGCAUCGGAAUCAGCCAGGACCAGCAGGAGCAGAUAUUUGAGAACUUUGUGCAGGCAGACACGUCGCACACGCGCGUGUACGGUGGGAUCGGCCUGGGGCUCAGCAUAGUGCGCAGCAUGGUGCACAUGAUGGGCGGGAAGGUGUGGGUGGAGAGCGAGCUCGGCACCGGGUCCAGCUUCUUCUUCACCGCCCGCUUCGCCAAGCCCAAGCGCCAGCCAGCUAGAGGCCUGGCAGGAGGCAGCAUGGCUGCAGCUGCUGCUGCUGCUGCUGCUUCUGGUGCCAAUGGCGGUGCUGGUGGUGGUGGCGGUGGCGGUGGUAUGGCAGGAGACGCCGUGCCAACUGGUGGCACCACGGGUCUCCUGUUCGCCAGCAGUGGUGGAGUGGGCAGUUUGAGGGAUGGUGGCGGCAGUGGUGUGUGGGCGCCAUCCCCUUCUCACCUCGUGCCCAUCUCCCUGCCUCCCGCUGCCGAUGCUGCAGUUGAUACUCUUGAUUCAGCAGCAGGAGCAGCAGCAGCAGCAGGAACAGGAACAGGAGCAGGAGCAGGAGCAGGAGCAGGAGCAGGAGCAGGAGCAGGAGCAGGAGCAGGAGCAGGAGCAGGAGCAGGAGCAGGAGCAGGAGCAGGAGCAGGAGCAGGAGCAGGAGCAGGAGCAGGAGCAGGAGCAGGAGCAGGAGCAGGAGCAGGAGCAGGAGCAGGAGCAGGAGCAGGAGCAGGAGCAGGAGCAGGAGCAGGAGCAGGAGCAGGAGCAGGAGCAGGAGCAGGAGCAGGAGCAGGAGCAGGAGCAGGA